AGAAAAGCUCAUUAAAAACAUACGAUUUACUAUGUGUAAACUGGAACAUCGACAGAUCUCUGGCCAGUUGUUGGCAAGACUUGACCCAAGUCACAUCUGACUAUUGAGUUCUAAUUUCUAAGAGGCGAUAUAGUGUGUGAAUAGAUACAGACUUGGGUUCGUCUCGGUUCAAAAUGGGACAUCAUUAUUGGCGUCGUGCGGGUCACAUCCCCGUGAUGAUUGUCCUGCAAAUCAUCUUCAUCAUCUUAUUCGCCAUUUUCGUCAUUUAUAAUCCGAACAACGCCCAAUAUGGCGAGCACACCACGUCAGCGGGAAAAGAAAUUAUGAAGGAUUAUCCGUUGUUCCAGGAUGUCCAUGUGAUGAUCUUCGUGGGAUUUGGCUUCCUCAUGACGUUCUUGAAAAAGUACGGCUUGAGUGCCGUGUCAUUGAACAUGAUGUGCGCCGUGAUCUCACUUCAAUGGGCCACUUUGGUCAUUGGAUUCUUUCAUAUGCACUAUGAUGCUGAUGUCUUGAUUGAAGAUGGUGAGGAGAUCCAAUUGGUGGAUGGCAUUAAUACCACGGUCACCAAGUAUAGGCAUGAGUACAUCGAAUACCCUCAUGGCUAUAUCUACUUGGAUCUAAAGGAAAGUAUGUUGUUCAGUGAUUUUGCCGCAGCAGCGGUUUUAAUCUCCUUUGGUGCCGUGAUUGGAACCACCUCCCCGCUGCAACUCAUCGUCAUGACCCUCAUCGAAAUCGUUUUAUUCGUCGUCAACGAGGUGAUUGGCCGUCAGUACUUGGGCGCCAUUGACGCUGGAGAUUCCAUCUUCGUUCACACCUUUGGGGCAUAUUUUGGUUUGGCUGUCUCCAGGAUGUUGUACUCCAAGCAUGCGGUCCAAAACAAUAAGCAGGGCUCGGCUUACACCUCCGAUCUAUUCUCUAUGGUGGGUACCAUCUUUUUGUGGAUGUUCUGGCCGAGCUUCAACGGAGCUGCUGCCCUCUAUGGCGAAGCCCAACAUCGAGCCAUCUUGAAUACGUACUUCUCGCUUUGUGCCUCAGUCACGUCGGCCUUUGCCUUCUCGGCCUUGCUUAAUGAGCACAACAAGUUCGUUAUGGAACACAUUCAAAACGCUACCUUGGCUGGUGGAGUGGCUAUUGGUGCUGUGGCCGAUUUGUUUAUCCAGCCCUAUGGAGCCUUGGUGGUUGGAUCUGUUGCUGGAUUUGUUUCCGUCCUUGGAUUUGAAUAUCUGACGCCUUUUCUGGAGCGUAAGUUCAAGAUCCAUGACACGUGUGGCGUACACAACUUGCACGGAAUGCCCGGAAUCAUUGGAACCCUUUUAAGUAUCUUGUUAGCUGGUAUUGCCACCACCGAUGUCUAUGGACGAGGAUUGACUGAAGUCUACCCAGCUUUGGCUGUUCAAGAGGAUCAUGGACAUGUUACCGUACCCAUUAACCAGACUAUGCAAGCUCUCAAUCAAUUGUGGGCGGGCCUAAUCACCAUAGCUUUCGCCAUAACUGGAGGCAUAGUCACAGGUUUCAUCUUGAACCUAAUCGGUCGUUGGCAAGCUAUGGAUGAUAUGAACCGUCCGGGAUCCACGGUCGUCAAAUUGGCCUUGAACGUAGGCAACGCCUUCACUCAACAAUUGGGAAUCCGCGAGGCCUUGCCUCGAGACGCUUACUUUGAUGACAACCUGUUCUUCGAGGUUCACAACGACGAAAAGACCUUGAUCGUGACCCAACAUGAUGGCCACCGGGCUGAGUACAAUCAUGGCCAUCAGGGUGCACGCAUGCAUUCGAUUGAUAUGGGUGGUUCUCGAUAGAUCCUUACUGAGUUACAUAUUACUUCAAAGUGGCAUUCUUUGAAGAGAAAGCCUCGAAGAAACGUGGUGGAUGAAGCUGUCUGCAACGAAUGAGUGGAAUGAAAUGGUCUCAAAACUGAAACGAAGUGCAGCUUUCUAAGGGAAAUAUGUGGAACAAUAUAAAAUAUCUCGCUUAGCUCUAUGUAGAUGUGUUUGGUUUGUCAAUGUCGAAUUAUAUUGGUGUUAAGUGAUA